AUGCAUAAAUUUGUUGUACUCUCUCUUCUCUUCUGCGUCGUCCCGCAUUUCAAUGUGGUACAUGCAGGCAAUGCGCCUGCUCCUUCCCCCAAACCCUCUACGCCCACCACAAAGCCGCCGCCGCCGCCGCCGCAACACUCUCCGGCUUUUUCUCCCACCAUUUCUCCUGCAACUCCUCCGGCAUCCCCUCCGAGCCCUCCGACUCAGUCGCCUCCUUCGCCUUCUCCCAAAACCUCUCCGCCAACUUCUCCGGCUUCGACCCCACCCACCGUCUCUCCAGCGUCGACCCCACCCACCAUUUCUCCGGCGUCGACCCCACCCACCACCUCUCCGGCGUCUCCUCCCACACCUAUUUCUCCAGCGAAGAGCCCGUCCAAGAGUGUGUCUUCUCCGGUUCAAUCUCCGGCGUCCCCUCCGCCCACCGUUGCCUCUCCGGCCAAAACUCCGGUGAGCGCUCCGCCGAAGGAAAGUCCAGUGGGGGCUGCGCCAGUUGCAGAGGGUCCUGAGAUUGCAGCGACCCCCUCGUUACCAGUAGGCAUUCCUUCGAGUUCAGCAACACCGGCAGAGUCCCCGGCAAUGUUCCCAUCAAGCGGUAGCCCACCGAUCCCGGCGCCGGCGAGUCUGUCACCGGAUAGUGCUGCGCAGGGUCCAUCAAGCGAGGAUUCGUCGGCUUCGGGUUUGAAUGCGGCUCGGGUGGUUUUGAGCGGGUUGUCUAUCUGGGUUGCUUUGGCUCUCUAA